UACAAUGAAGGUUUUAGCAUUGUUAGGUGUUUUAGUAGCAGCCGUUUUGGCUGAUGAUCAUUUUAGUUAUGAAGGGUACCAAGUGUACACUGUCAUACCUACCACACGUGAUCACGCAGAAUUUUUGAAAGGAAUCCAAGAAAGCGGAGAAUUCGAUUUUUGGAGCAAUGCUAAAGUAUUGGGUCAACCAAUUAACAUUAUGGUCAAACCAGAACUUGUAACCGUUUUCUCAAAGAUGCUAACGUUGAAAAAUAUUAAUCAUUCGGUUCUUAUUGAGAAUGUUGAGCUCACCGUUCAAGCUGAACGUGCUCAACAAAUUCGUGCGCCAAAGGUGGAAAAGGGUAAAAUCAGUUUUACUGAAUACCAUAGAUAUGAAGUUAUUCAAGAGUAUUUGCGAAAUCUUGGUGAAAAAUAUCCAGACAAAGCUCACGUUAGUUCUUUUGGUGAAUCAUCAGAAGGACGCCCUUUGACUAGCAUUCAAAUUGGAACGGACCCUGGGAAACCUACUAUUGUUAUGGAUGCUGGUAUCCAUGCUCGUGAAUGGAUCGCACCUGCAACGGCCCUUUACAUUAUCCAACAAUUGGUAGAAAACGAAGAAUAUGCUUAUUUAAGUGAAAAUAUCAAUUGGUUAAUUGUGCCAGUUUUGAAUCCUGAUGGUUACGAAUAUUCUCACACCAACACACGUAUGUGGAGGAAAACUCGUAGUCGUGGAAACGUAUGUUAUGGUGUUGAUGGUAAUCGUAACUUUGGUUUUAUGUGGGGGGGUCUUGGUACAAGUGAUAACGAAUGCUCUGAAAUUUAUCGUGGACCAAAUGCUUUCUCAGAACCGGAAAUAGCUGCAUUUAGAGAUUUGGUACUCCAAUUGGAUUCGGUCCCCUUGUACAUUGCUCUUCACAGUUAUGGUAGCUGGGUACUUUAUCCAUGGGGAUACGAUUACAUCCUUAGCGAUAACAACGACGAACUUCACUCUCUUGGAGAAAAUAUUGCAGGUGCAAUUUAUGAUGUUUCCGGUACUCGAUUCACAGUAGGAAAUGCCGCAUUUUUGUUAUACCCAGCGGCUGGAGCUUCAGAUGAUUGGAUGAAAUCAAUUAUUGCUCCAUUGAGUUUUACUUUAGAAUUACCCGGUGGUGGAAGCCAAGGAUUUGAUUUACCUCCUUAUAGAAUAACAGAAGUGGUUACAGAAACUUGGCAAGGAAUUUUAGCUGCUUACAAAUAUAUUUCAGAUAAUUAAUUUUUAGUAAAAAACUGAAAUAAAUACUUGAUAACA